AUGUCAAAUGUAAUAUUUACUGCAGCUGUAAGAAUAUUAGCAAAACAAGAGGUAUACGGUGGGUUAGUGGGUGGAAUAGCAUUUCGUGCAAUAACUUCCGUUUUCAAGGCAGGUUAAACUAAGUUCAAUAUCAGCUUUGAACACAGCUGGGUUAAUCCAGGCUUGCUUUAUUAUGGACCAUGACUUUGCAGUUUUGUUUGGAAUAGCGGAAGUUAUAGCAUUUCAGUUUCUCUAGCUAUGAGCUGUUUUGUUUCUUUACUGGCUCAAGAAAAAACUAAAAACCAAUAUGGUUUCUUUCGACUAGGUUAUAUAUCUUGAAGAAAUCCUGUCAUCGGAAGUAGUUUUUGCAUCAACGCAAUAUCAAUAAAUACUUUCAGUUUUUAGCUUUUACGUUUAUUUAUUUAGCUACUGAUAUUUAUUUCAGGCUUUAAUUCACAUGAAAUAGUUCCAUAAUUAGGAGUUUGUUCGUUGUUUAGCAAAAAUUCGACUUUGUUAUUCUCACCACUAGAAGGCGUAGUGUUUACGUGUUUCAAAUAUAGGGCCAACAUAUGUUUUAAGACUAAUUUGUUUGACACUUAUUGUGUUGAACCUGUGUUUACAACUUUAUAACCUUAGAAGCACGUUUCAAGGCUGUCUGUACCACUUUCUAAAAAUUUGUAACGAUACAAUUAAAGGAAAGGAAUGCCGUAGCAAUUUGUGUUACCAAAGUUAGCAGCCUAAUUAUCAGAGCAUACUUUUAAAAAUAACCAUCAUGUUUUUACUAAAGCCAAAAUUGCUAUUAAAAUAGGCUUUUGUGUAUCAGAUGUAUGGUGACGUUUAAAAAUCUGGCAAAGAAAGCAUCGUCAAUUUGGAAUGUCCUCGAAGUUGCUUCGCUUUUGACAGCGUAGCUUGCCUUCUUUAACAUAAAGCGAGAGUUAUCUACUUUAAGGCUAGAAAGUUCGAGUAGUUGGAAUGAAAUCUGUUACAACUCUUGUUCCGGGUCGAUGCGUCGGGUUGUCGCUUUUAACAACUACCAAAUUCUUUUUCAGCUCAGCUUCUUUUUCACCGAGACAUCAUGGAGAAUGUAGAAACUACGAAACUAAGACAGCGACAAAACAACGAGAAGGUUAAAAAGACGAUAGAUAUAGUGGGCAGAAAUACAUCUCUGCAGGUGUAUCAGAAUAAUUUUCUUUACAUUUCUUUGUCGUGUUCAGUCAACUACGACGUGAAAGGACCAAAUUUUGAGUUGUGUGAGAAAGUGUAUCUAUCUGAGCUAGGACGCGCCCCCUCCCUCCAGCACUUACGUUAUUUACAACUUUAUUAAACUGAACUAGUUGAAAUAAUCGCAAAAUAUCGUAAAAUUCCGAAAAUAAGCCCCGGGGCUUAUAUUUUUCAAGGGCCCUUUUUGAUGGGCUUAUUUUUGAAGGGGCUUGUAUUCGGAGGGGCUUAUCUACGAAGGGAAAUUUGCGUUUCAAAAUCGAUUGGGCAAGCCUUAUAGUAGGAAGGAAAUUUACCGUUUUUGCUUUGUUUUUCUUUGUAUUUGAGGGCAAUUUUCCGCGUACAAGCCCCUGGGGGGCUUAUAUUUGGAGGGGCGAUUUAACGAAGAGUUUUUUGCGUUACUGGUUUGGGGGGCUUAUAUUUGGAGAGGCUUUUACACGGAGGGGUUUAUUUUCGGAAUUUUACGGUAGUUUUAAAGAAAGGACGUGAAGUCCGUUUUUCAGUGAAAUUUUUCUUGACGUUAAACUCUUGUCGGAUCUACUGUCCCUAGUGGGGCAGGUGCCUCCCACCGACAAAAAUGGUCAUUCGAAAUAGGGGUCAACCGAUAGACCUUUUUACGGUUUUUUAUAAGGACCAGUUAUGGAAAAUCCAUCGACAACACUCCAAAGAGCGCCUUAAAAUUAGUAAUUCUGCCAAAUUUUAAAGUGAUACGUCUCUAGCGAGCGAAGAUAUGGCUCCUCAAGUUAAUUGCGAAAAUUUGCAGAGGUUUGUAUGGUGGGGUGGCGAAAAGUUUGUGCCCCCCCCGUACAAACGUCUGUCAAAUUUCGCGACUUUGAGGAGCUGUAUCUUUGUAAGAUUUCAACAAAUCACUUUCAAACUUUGAAAUCUUACUAAUUUUAAGGCGCCCUUUUCAGUGGUGUCGACGGAAUUUCCCGAACUCGUCCAUGUCAAAAGUGGAAAAAAAAAUCGUGAAAAGGUCUAUUGUUUGUCGCAAGCACGUUCCCUACGCUUAACUUAUGACGUAGUAUUAAAUUAAUUUCGAGGCAUCUGUUUCUGUUCGCAAAAUUCAUUUAAGCUGAUGUGAGGCUCUGGUUCUCAAUUGAAUCCGACAAAAUGUGUCUCGCUUCCUAUUAUUUCAUCAUUAAGAACCUAACUGUAACUAUUAUAAAAAAUAUUAUCUUCACAUUUUUUUGCGGGGAAUGACGCACGUUACUUUACAAACAUGUUUGGUGCAUGCGAACAAAAUCUUAUUGAUGUGCUGGUUUGCGUUCCAUAUUGUGUUUCCACCGGCCAUGCCAUUUGUAUUCUGUCUGGAUUACGAUAUGAAGCUGUAUUGUCCCCCAUUUUUGCUCAGAGAUAGUAGAGCGUGCCUUUUCUCGCGUGGGGUGAUUUUCACGCGAGCUCGCGUUUCGCACGCUCUACUAUCUCUGAGGAAAAAUGGGGGACUACUCGUAGUCUAUGUUAUGUGGUAAAGGCUCACUAAAGAGUUGUCGCCUCCAAGUCUCCGUUUUAUUAAAAAUGAUCAUAUUCAAGACUGCUAUCUGUUAGCCACGCUCUCGAACCUCCCAAUUUUCUCCUAUUCCCCUCUAAGUGGGAACUGCGUGGCAGUUCAGCGAAAGGAAAUCACUUUCUUUCGCUGAACUGCCACGCAGUGAAAACACUCAUUGGGCUCCAUUUUGACUAGAUGGUUUUCUUUUGGAGCAAGGGCUACUAAUUGUUUGGCAGGAAUUGGCAAAGCUGCAAAUGAUUUAAUACUUAAUAUUUUUUUUAUUAUUAUUGUUAUUAUUAUUAUUAUUAUUUUGUCACAGAAGAAGAAGAGCCAGGUUAACGGACGCAACUGGGUUAUUUUCUCGAUGAUUAAGCAUAGUUUGUAGGAUCCUGGGCUCCCAAAGGGGCUGGAUGCAAGUAAACAGCGUAAAUUUAGAAAAUAAUCUGAAAGAACGAAGAAAGUCAGUAAACGUUUCCUCCGGCGUUCUCGUCAGGUAUUUUGAGACAAUUUUAUCUUGUGGUAUGUCAUUUAUAGAUAAUUUCGUCUCUCGCUCCAUUUCUUUUCAUGAAAAGUCAUAUUGUUUUUUUUUAAUGAUCAAUUUUUCCCUAAGGCUCUGGACACCCUUAAACUUAGGAUCUACGUGAGAACCUGUCAUUAAUAUCGACAGUCCCAGGCAGCAUUAACGCACUUGGGAAAAAGACUACACCAUCUGAAUCUUAGAAAUCAGCUCAGCUGAAAAAGAUCCGUUAAGUCAAAGAGGAUCAAAAGAGGCCUUGGACGCGAAAAUUACUGAUAACACUGGACAAAGUCUGCAAUCGACAAUAAUCACUCUCGUUGGACUUUGAUUAACGACGAUCCUCCCCUCAACCGGUCUGUCCUCUAAGUUUUAAAAGAGUAAACCAUUGUUUGUUGUUAAGGUGUGUCCAGGGUGGUACUGAGAAUAUGAAAGGCAAGCAAAUAAAAAUAACAACACAUUUUACACGGCAAAGAAUUCUUUGUUCUACCUUGUCUGUGGUAUGACCAUUGUAUGUAGUUUUGCCUUCCUUUUUCUUUUUUGCCUUCUGAUGGAAUAACGCCUACGUGGAUACAAACAUGACGCGUUACCAGGAAUUUUUGAUUGGGGGGGUCCAGAAAGGACUGUUGAACUUUUUAUUGGCAAAUUACUUCUCACGGAGACGACCAUUGGCAAAUUAGGGAGCUUCUCACGGAGACGACCAUUUUAAAGCACCUUGACGCUCCCAAAUUUGUUUUCUAAGUCUUAAUCUUAUAGAACGCCGAUGGGCAAAACCGCUGUCCAAAAAUGAAAAAAGACCACUUCCGGUUGACGUGCGUCGCUCAAAAACGUCUCUGCUUAAGUUCACCACUGUUUUGCGAGCGGAGGCGAACAGAUCAUAGGAGGGUACCCAGAACCAAUGACAUUUUUGAAUAUCCCUGGAAUUUAGUUUAGUGGCAAAAUCCAACGCGCGUUUCAUUAAACAAACCAGCCAGUUAAAAAGUGGUAUACGAUCCUGUCGAUGUAAAAAUUUCAGUCUGAAACAAGCGUGAGGUCUGAUGGGGGAGGGGUCCAGACCCCCCGGACCCUCCCCCUGGAUCCGCCAUGCACUGGUUACAGGUUGUCUUAAAUUGAGCGGUCGUCUCUUGAUGUCUGACUGAUCUGUUCGACAACUGCACUCCUAGAACUCUCCAUUAGAACGGAGAAGGCGUAGGAUAAGCCUCUGAAGACGAGUCCAUGGCCGGCAUAGGAGAAAUGUUCUCAUCAUUAAUUUCACUUCAGAACUGUUCUUCCUCUUACACACCCGAGCGUGAUGUAACGUAAGGCACUCGGAGAGGCAGUGACCAAGAGGAGAGCCUUUCUGACGCUCUGACUGAAGGCUUCCUUUUCCUUGGAACAUCUUUCACCCGCUGCCUGGGAAAGGUUCCAGGACUUAAAGCCAACAUGUGCAAGGGGCUUCUGAAUAGGUCCAUCUUUGGGGAGACUAACUACCUGUAGCAUUGAGUAGCCCCUAGUAUGGUGGAUGAAGGUACGGAAGGUCGAAGACCGAAGCUGUCUGGCUUAGAAACUGGUGCAUCCAUCAUACCCUCCCGAUGUCUCUAUGACGCCUAACAAAACCGCCCGAUUGCUGGUCAGGCCUUAGGAUCUUUUAAACAUUUUCCGUUUCCGCAUGCAAGAGACGUUUUAUGACCCUAAUGCUGAUUUCGCUUGGGCGAGUGGGUCUUAGUUUCCUCGCAGUUGGAGAUGUACUCAGCCCGGCAUAGUAAAUCGAACGUUCGAAAAUCGAACUCAGUCGAACUCAAUCGAACUCAAUCCGUGGAUUGAGUUCGAUUGAGUUCGGCAAUCGAACGAAAUCGAACACCACACUUUCAGUGAGUUCGAUUUCCGAACAAAUCGAAUUCAAUCGCACAAAUCGAACUCAAUCGAACUCAAUCCGUCUGAUUGUGUUCGAUUGAGUUCGGAAACCGAACACAAUUAAAUGGAUUUCGUUCGAUUGGCUCUGGUGAACCUAUACAAAGCAAGCCCAAAGCAAGCCCGUCAAAGCAAGUUUUUCUUACGCUUUUUUUACUAUUUUACUAAAGGUGAAAAGUAUGCAUAAGUUUUGCUUCCCCUGUUUUUCAGAAGGGUUGCACAAUAUUAACUACUUGAGGCAAAUUAAUAUAUUCGCGAAUCCCUUACAAACAUCUUCACUUACCAAGUUAUCGAAGUAUUUACAGGUCACAGGGAAGCAACCAGUUCACGUUGAAGGUGACCUAAUGUCCGCGCUCGUUUGCAAUUCGGAAGGCAUGACCUUUCUCGCCUAUUUUCUUUAAAACCCUGAAAACUUCGCCAUCCUUGACGUCAAAGCGGCAUUCCUGGUAGCCUUUGACUAUACAUUUGAAGCUUACGAUCCACAACGCAUCUGAAGCCAUUUCUGCGGAAUUUCUUCGUUUACGAAAAACACGUGCGCUACACUCAGGGCUGAAGUAACUCGAGCUUCUAAGAUCUGGUAAUGGAUUUUCAACGUCUGUUUUACAUAAAUCACGAGUUCGAAAAUCGACCGUUCGAUUGGGUUCGAUUGAUUUUUUUUCUUUUCGGUGAGUUCGAUUUCGUUCGAUUGCCGAACUCAAUCGAACUCAAUCCACCGAUUGAGUUCGAUUGAGUUCGAUUUACUAUGCCGGGACUCAGAUGGUCAUAACUCCGAAGGCUUCAGUUUCAAUUCAUUUAUUUGCCAGAAAUAAAUUCGUGGGUUUGAUUAAGAUUUCAGCAACGUAUACUUUUCAUUAAUAAGUGUGCAGACCUCCUCUAGAAAUUUAGCGUUGUAAUAAACAACGAAUAGACAAAUCAGUUAUAAUUAGCCCAAAGGGCCAUGGAAAGGGCGGUCUCCUUCGCAGCCGUUAUUAGGGUCGUCACUCGUCACGCAACGCUCCUCCCCACUGUUGGACUAUGGAAAGGACAAAGCCCCCCAAAAUAGGCCUGCCGCAUCUGCUUCCCAUAUUUUCUUGCGCAUAUCUUAAAUUGGUUCCCAAGCUCUAAAAGAAUGAAAGCUUUUACCACAUCGCACCUGGGUUCAAGGCAGUAUUUAGCCUGUUCCUGGCUCCGAGAUAGUCGGGCCCGCUGAAUUAAGAAAGCGCGAAGACGAAAAUAAAACGAAAGGAAACUGCCAACGUUUCGCGUGCCUUUGACUUUCGCGUCUUCCCCACUAUCUGAGAGCCUGAAACAGGUUAGGCAGUAUAGUGAGAUGUACGAUAUGACAUCUGGAAAAUUCGGGUGGGAGUGUCAGGCAUGCUUCAUGAAAUCUUUACUCUAGUUUGGACAAAAAUUUGUGAUUUUUCCCAGCUUAAUUUCGGACCUGAACUAAUGUUUUCAAGAGAAGAAUGAAAGAACUCCAAUGCCAAGCCCUAGUCCUAGAGAGUACAAAAACCUCCCUAUUUCAGAUUUCAGCCCCAAAACAAUGGAAUUCAAUUUCCAAUGAGACCCAUUGCAAUUUCCACCCUUCGGCCCCUCACAUACCAACAUUGCUUAUUUAACGAGUACCUUCUCGGGAUUGCACUCAGUGUAAGAAGUUCACGCAUAAUCGGAUUAGCGGGAACGCCCGUUAGAUCUUCCGGAGAUAUAAAAUGUGAAAUAUCUUUCAGACGACGUUAAGGGGCUUCUCCUUUUCUAUAAAACGAACAUGUAGCUUCCAUGGUUAAAAGCAAUGGUUUUUAAAAAGGUUCUUACUAUCGCAAAAUCUUCAUUUAGGUUUAUAGAAACAAAAUAAAACCUUCCUUUCAGAGAUGCUGGAAAAUAAAUUAAGCAGGGUUGUCCUAAAACAUCGUUAAGCUAAAAUGAAUUAGAAGAUAAUCACAGUAAAACGAGAUCGUGUAACCAUUCGAAAUGGUUUAACGAACGCGGCAUUACUUGGACAGCAGGUUUUACAAAUCUUUCGAGGAAUGUUGACGAUGUUUUGCAGUGCUUGCCGAAAUCAUUUAAUUCAGUUAAAUGUUUUUCUAAAAAAGUGGCGAAUUACAGAAAAUCGAGUGCGUCAGUCUUAGUUAAUGAAUCCACCAAAUUGCGAAGACUAUUACAUCAUGCUGGCUGAAAUGAAAGACCAUAAAGAAAUUAAUGGCGUAUGAUAAGACAAGUUUUUAGAGCAAUUUAGAUUAAUUAAGGCCAGAGGCGUAUUCCCCUUUAAACUACACUGCCUUUCUGUUAAGCCUCUGUUUAGGUAGGGGGGGGGGGGGGGGGUUGGGGAGGAACUCCGCGAGUUUUAUAUGGCGAGGCUCCACCCCGAAGCCCAAAUCCUUACCCUUUUAUAUACCAUUUUUAACAGAAAAGGUAGCCCUUUCGAUUGCCUUAACUUCUAUUGACAAAUGGUAUCCCUUUCACAUGCCUAGUUUAGAAAAAAUCUGCCAACCAUAAAGUUUUCUUGUCUUUUACUGAGACACAAGAUGUGUCUGUUUGUCGUUUUAGGUCCUUUUAGAUACAUGAACUAGUGAAAUCCCCAACCUUUCUUUUACCUAAAGCGUGAAAAGGUACCCCUUUCGGGCGGGGCCUCCCUGUAUAUGCCAUUAUAGGGAGUACCCCAGCCCCCCGCCCCUCCCCCGCGCCAGGAGCCUUUACCACUAUCACUAUCUUUUGCACAGUUUCCUAAUGAAUGUCACGCCGUAGUCAUUAACGUGGUCUUAAGUCCCCUGGAGAGACCCAUGGGCAACCCAUGAUACCGCAAAAGCUUUGAAGUCCCGGCCGAAGUAUAAUUGCUGCCGGAUAAGCAGGACGUGCCUGUAUCAAAAUUCUCAUUUCAGUGGCUCAGAUGAUGGCUACCAACUUGAUACCGAGAUGUAGAAAGAAAGAUGAUUUUCACACAUUUCAUACUCAACGGUGA